CUCUGGCCGCUGCCACACUGUGUGUACGGAAAAUGAUGGAGUUCGGGAAAUCGUCGGAGCAUUCGCAGCAUAGCGCCUCCGAGGCGUCGGCGGACUCUGGCAGCCUGGCGAACAGCGACCUGGCCGCGACGCCGACGAAGCGGGACCGGGAGCGCCGCAAGUCGCCGGCGACCAGUUCGGACAACACCAGCACCAGCGUCCAGGCACCCAUGUCACCUUCCUCCUCAGUGGCGGACACCACCUUUGAGCCAACCAUCGACAUGAUGGUCAACGAUUUUGACGACGAGGCCACGUUAAACGAGGAGGAGGCUCUGGCGGACAUGGAAGCGCACAGCGCCGAGGACGAGAUAGCCACACUGCGAGAGGAGAGCGAGAUGCCCAUCGAGGAGCUUCUAGCCAAGUAUGGGGGCGCGUCGUCCUCGCCGGCGAUCAGCAGUUCCAACCGCUCUGGCAGCAGUUCGCGACGAGCACGUCGGGCUACCAAGCGGCAGUACCAGGAGUUGGACACAGAAAUGGCGCACACGUCCACCUCAACUUCUAGCGGAGCCUCGCAAUUGGAGAAACUCAACGAUAGCGGAGAGCAGGAGGAAGCGAAGGAGUUGCCGAACAAGCAAGCAUCUCCGCUGGAAACUGGAGAGGUCUCUUUCAUGGAAGCGGAGGAAGCUUCGCAGUCAGAAGGAAACAGGAAGCAGCAUCGCUCCCAUUUGCUUGACCUGUACCCAGACGAAUCCUUCACAGAUCUGGCGCCCGCAUGCGGUGAGGAGGCCGAAAGAUUCACUCCACUGCAAACGUUGUUCGAUGAAGUUGAAGCGGAAGAGGAGGAGGAAAGUGAGUCCGAGCUAGAUGACACCCGAAAGAUUAUCAUGGUGGGCCAUGACUAUCAGGCUGACAUUCCUGAGGGCCUCUCGCAAUAUGGGGACAUAUUGCCGUAUGAGAACGAGGAUCAGUUGAUCUGGGAGCCCAGCCAGGUUAGCGAACGUGAGGUGGAGGAAUACCUGGCCAAAAUUCAAGAAACACGAUCAAUAGUUCCGCCGGAAGGUGGAGCAGAGGCUGCUGGUGGCGAGGAAACUUCAGCUGCCGAGCAACUAGCUCCAAAUCCAACUCCUGCCACGCCGCCAAAGUCAACGCCUACAUUUAGUGGCGCCGGCGACCAAGAGCUCGUGGUAAAAGACAACGAACAGGCGCUUCAUUUGCUCGUCCAGUGCGGCUAUGACUUCAAGGAGGCGCUGCGACGUAAGCGCCUAAAUGUCCUGCCUCUCAGCGACACCAUGAGCAGCUGGUCCGAGGACGAGUGCCUGAAGUUCGAGGAGGGCAUCCAGCGGUAUGGCAAGGACUUCUACCAGAUACGUCAGAACCAGGUGCGCACUAGAACGAUGCGCGAGCUGGUCCAGUUUUACUAUCUGUGGAAGAAGAGCGAGCGCCGGGACCAGAGCUUUGCCCUCAACGACACUAUCGAUCACAUGGACGUCUUUAUCAACGAGGCGGGCGCUGGAAAUGGGAGUGGUAAUGGUGCUGGAACUGCACCUGGAAUCGGGACUGCUAACAGCAACGGCAGUUGCUCCCCGCACAGCAGCAAUGGUCACAGCAAUGGUGACAUAUCCACCCUGGAAAAAGAUGCCGUUGCCAGUCCGCGAAAACCCGCCUCAAAAAGUUAUUCCAUUAUGACUGGGAGUCAAACAGCAGGUAUCGCACCUGGAGGAAGUCGGAAGAGAGGAACAUCCGCAUCGGCGCCCCUCGAAGACGAGGAUAACGUCGAUGAAGAACCCAAUUUGACUUCUGUGUAAAUGACACUCCUCCAUCAUCAACAUUAUCAUCAAUGGGCGCAGGCGUCUUCCAUUCGGUUGGGCCAGGCAAAGUAUUAGCAGGGCGUCUUCAUUACCAUUACCACUCACUAUAAAUAUGCAUUCUGUACGUGUAGUAUAUACCAUAUGUCUAAACAUAUAUAUUCCAGAUUCUUAAAUCGACAUCUCUCAUACCCCGUAAAGAAUUUCUCUAUUGUUAAGCGUGCGAUUCGUCUAAUUGUUACAUGUGCGUAUGGAUUCCGGAACCAAGUACUUAUCGCUUAUAUAUACAAUAUAUUUUCGCUCAAUCCUUGAGUUUCGUUGAACGUCAUGUCAAUAAAUGUAAAAUGUAUAUCUGUGAA